AUGCCCUACACCUUGCAUGCCGAGCCAGGAAGGCCGAUGUCGACAGAACUAACGCUCUGGGACUUGUCUGGAUACAAAAGAGAUCCUGAUCUUGGUGGUGUCGAUGAUUUCUAUUUCCCAGCCAUGAACAUCAUUAUCAAGAUGCUUUUGGAUGCUGGUGCAGACGCUAAAGGUUGUGCUUCACGCGAGACAGCAACGCCUUUGCAGAUGGCUAUUGACAUAGGUUGUACCGAGUUUAUCGACGCAUUCUAUGCCCAGCAUAACAUGUCGGUCAACUCAGGGAGGACUCUGUCAAGCGAUGGCCUCAGCAGGGAAACUGCCAGAGUUGAUGUGGCCUCCCCACUGUUAAAUCAGCGUCUCGACAAAUAUCUGGAUGGAUCAGGGAAGCCUGUGCUUGAAUUGCUUUUGGACAAUCCCAGCCGAUACUUGCGGCUUCUUACACCCGACGAUGCAGCAAGUCUGAUCAACCACGGAUUCAGCAAUAACCGGCAUGAUGGCAGAUAUUACCAGGUGCUCCUGGAGAUGAUGCAAUCUUCCGAAUAUCUACUGUUGGCGAGGCAGGUGUCCGGGCUGAUUCAUUAUUACAGCUCUCCUGACAACCUCAGGCUUUAUCUUCAAACGGUGCGAUCCCAGUCAACGACAAAUUCCUGGAUGUCGACCUGGGUGGGACGUUACUUUGGCACGCGAGCCCUUACCCCUCUACAGAUCAUCUGUGAAUCACAGCGUCCUAGCAUGGUGUUGUUAAGAUACUUGCUGGGAACGCUUCAGGUGGAUGCCAACACACGGUGCAUCAUGGUUGACCGGAAAAAGGGAGAGUUAAUUUCUGGUGGUACAGCACUUCAUCGACUUGCUGUUGUAGACUUCCGGUGGAAGCUGGAUGCUAUCCGCUACCUGCUCGCCACCGGUGCCGACAUCAAUGCGCUUAACGAGACUUGCGAGUCACCUCUUCACGUUGCUGCCUGCGGUGGAUUUCAGAAUUAUCAUCGGCACGGACCAGACCGGUUCAGUGAUAACCGGAGUCUCGACGCUGUCCGAAUCCUUCUCGAUCAUGGAGCCGAUCCUGAUCUCCUGGAUGAAAAGGGCCUUGCCGCGAUCCAUAAGGCAUGCAUGCACUUUGAUCAAUCAACAAGUCGCGAAAUUAUCCAAGAGCUUCUUUCCAAGGGGGCAAGUGCCCUGGUUGGCGUCAGAAGCCCUCUGUUUGAAGCCGUACGGUACCACAACCUUCCAGCCUUCGAAGUACUGCUGGAGCAUGGACUUGACGUCAAUACGGUCUAUGAUGAAGGACCGAUCAUAUUCCCCCAAAAUGGCAACCCGAUUGAUGAGACAAAGCCUCGACGACGUUGUCUGCUUUGGUUCAUGGCCAUCGUUUCCUGUUGGCCCCUUGCUAGGUCACCUGUAACCUUGUCAAUGGUGCGCAUUAUGGUCGAACAUGGGGCGGAUCUGUACCUCCCUUUAAACAACGAAGAGACGGUGUGUCAUUAUCUCUUCGAGUUCGCAAAACGGGAGAUUGUGGAGGCAUUGUUGCAGGAACCCUGUGUCUCACGGAUUGACUUCAAUCGUCCCUGUCAGUCUGGUCAAACGAUCUUGAUGGCGGCCUGCAGACGAGCUAUCGAAUGGAGGCCUCAUGACUUGAAGGAUGGAUUAAAGCCGGCUUGGCUACCGUUGCAAACCCUGAGAUUGAACUUGGGGAUCAAACCUGAUGCUACCGCUGUUGACAAUGCUGGCCAGACGUCUCUUCAUCAUCUUUUGCAAAAUAAAGCGAGCACGGAGGAUGAGAUUCUUCAUUUUAUGAGGGACGAAGGUGUUGCUUCUACUCUCUUGACCAAGGAUAACGAUGGGUUUUCGCCUCUUCAUUAUGCCCUCAAGCUGCUCCGGCCGAGAGUGUGCGAGUUUCUUUGCGACAAAGGAGCCGACAUUCUCGAACCGGACCCGAGUGGUUCUUUUACUCUUCACCACAUUGCGGCACAGUGUGUUCAGACGGCUCGGUCAUUUGCCGAUCCAACGGAUGGAGCAUGGGACUGGAACCCAAUCCCCCAUUCAACAACCUACUUUGAUGAUUGCCUGGCGCUCUGGAAAAGGUGUCUGAAGGAAGGAGCGUCAAUCAACGCACCCGACCGAGAUGGAAACACACCGUUGCACGUUUUUGUAGUGUCUCCAGACGCAUGGACACCGCGUAAAUACCCAGGGGAUGAGGAUGAGUAUGAUCCUGUGGCGUGCCAUUUGAAGCGGUACAAACAGCUUUUCCCGCCAGACAGUGGUGUUGAUAUAUGGGCUUCCAAUCGGGAGGGGGAGACGGUCUUGCAUAGGAUUGCUGGUCACUGUGUGAGAAGACGAUGGGAUGGAAUCCUGGCGACACAUCCUGGGAGACCGUCGGAUGUGAAGCAUAUGCCGCAUGAUAAACAGCUUUUUGAAGCGUUUUUGAAGAUGGGGGCGGAUCCAUUGAAGGAGGAUGUGAAGGGGAGGAGUGCGCUGGAUGUGGCGAUUGCUUGGGGGAAGAAGUAUAUUUUGGAGUUGGUUGCUUUGGAUGGCGGGUCUUAA